AACGCCCUCGCCAAGGUGCUCUCGCUGCUGGUCUGGAUCAGCGCGGCGCUAUCCGCCCUCUCGACGCUCGGCGUGAACGUGCGCGCGGUGCUCACCUUCUCCGGCGUGGGAGGCGUGGUGCUCGGCCUCGCCGGGCGCGAGAUGAUCGCCAACUUCAUCGGCGGCGUCACCAUCUACCUCUCGCAGCCUUUUUCGGUGGGCGACUGGAUUCACUCGGAGCGGAGGCAGGACGGCACCUCCUCGCUCGACGGCUGGGUCGAGCAGAUCGGCUGGUACUACACAAAGGUGAACACGUGGGACAAGCGGCCGAUGUACGUGCCCAACUCCUCCUUCUACACGAUGGUCAUCAUCAACGCGAGCCGCAUGUCGAACCGUCGCAUCCUGCAGACGCUCAAGCUGCGCAUGAGCGACUCGGCCAAGGUUCCCGCCAUCGUGAGCGAGAUCAAGGAGCUGCUCCUCGCCCACGAGCAGCUCGACCCGCGGCAGCAUCGCCUCGUCUUCUUCCGCGAGAUCGGCCCGUACUCGCUCGACGUCUGGCUCUCGUGCUUCACAAAGUCCGUCUUCCUCACCGACUACCUGGCCACGCAGCAGGAGCUGCUCGUCGCCAUCGAGCGCAUCCUCGACAAGUACGGCGCGCGAUUCGCC